AUGUCUGCCACAGGCGAGGACACUUCCUCCUCCUCCACCCCUUCCUUCAUCUCAGCCCUCGUUGUGGCUGGUAUCACCGUCGGAGCCUUCUCAUUGCUAUGGCUUGUGCUUCACGGUCGCAAGAACCUGAGGGGUGUUUUCUCUCCUCGAACAUACCUCGCGCCUGAGGGUAAGAGGCCCGAGCCAUUACCGACAGGGUUAAUAGCGUUCUGGAAAGCGCUGUUCUCAACACCGGACAAGGAGAUCAUCGUCUCCAACGGUCCCGAUGCCUACUUUUACAUCAGAUACCUCAAGGUCUUUGGUCUCCAGAUGCUUCUCCCCUACGUCGUUCUUACAUGCGCCGUCUGUAUCCCGGUCUCUGUCAUCACCCCCAACUCUGGCAAGGAUGGUCUCAACAUGUUGACUUUCGGUAACGUCCCCGACACCAACCAAAUUCGCCAUGUAGCCCACUUUAUUGUCGCCAUUAUCUUGAUCGUCUGGACAAUCUUCCUAAUCUUUAGGGAGUACAACCACCUGGUCCAGGUCCGACAAGCUUGGAUGACCUCUCCCCAGCACUUGACUCUUGCUCGUGCCCGAACUGUCGCCAUCACCAAUGUCCCUGACGCCAUCAACAAUGUCGCUGGCAUCAAGGAGCUUGCUGGUACUGUUGCCCACAUUGACAGCAGUGGCGGCUCUGGCACCAACCUUUUGGCCAAUGUCAACCCCUUUGGCCGUCAGUCUACUGCUACCGAGGGCACCGCUGUCAAUGAGACCGAUGGUGUCAGGCAGGUUUGGCUUGUCCGCAUGUGCAAGGACGCUGAGAAGAUCUGGGGCGAGCGUGACGCCGAGUGUGCUAGACUCGAAGGUGGUGUCUCCAAGCUUCAAAAGCUUGCUGCCAAGAACGUUCGAAAGCACAAGACUCCCGAAGAGACUGGCAAGCUUGACACUGAAAACUCUGCUGGCGACCUCAUCGACAAGUAUGUCCUCCCCAAGAAGCGUCCAUCCUGGAAGCAGGGCCUCCUCGGCCUCAUCGGCAAGAAGCAGACUCUUGAAACCUCUCCCGAAUACAUCAACGAGCACAAUAUUAAGCUUGACGAGCUUCGAAGCGACAUUGCCUCUCUUCCCCAGGGUAACACCGUCUUUGUCCGAUUCGCUUCUCAACACGAGGCCCACGCCUUUGCCAGGCUCGCUGGCAAGACUGGCAAGACCAACCAGCACAUCCGUGGUGGUGUCGAAGUUGUUCCCGAGGACAUUGAAUGGGGCAACACUUCCAUGAGCCCUUGGCAGCGAUACGGUCGAAGCGUCGUCUCUUGGGCCCUCACCAUUGGGUUGAUCAUUGUCUGGGCUAUCCCUGUUGCUUUCGUUGGUAUGGUUUCAAAUGUCGACACUCUUUGUACGACAGCUCCCUUCCUGUCUUGGAUCUGUGAUCUUCCCUCGCCCGCUCUUGGUAUCAUCAAGGGUGUCCUCCCCCCUGCUUUGCUUGCUGUGCUCUUCAUGCUCUUGCCCAUUGUCCUUCGAAAGAUGGUCAAGAUGCAAGGCGAAGUCCGAAAGACCGACAUCGAACUGAAGCUUUUCACUCGAUUCUGGCUUUUCCAGGUCAUCCACGGUUUCCUCAUCGUCACUCUUGCCUCCGGUCUCAUCUCCGCCCUCAGUACAAUCAGUGGCGACACCAUCCAGGAACUUCCUACCCUGCUUUCCACCAGGCUUCCCGAUGCUUCCAUCUUCUUCCUCACCUUCAUUCUUACGGCAACCUUCACUGGUGCUGCCAAGACCUACGCUCGACUCGUGCCCGUCAUCAUGUACGCUCUUCGAGGUAUCUUGGCUGGUAACACCCCCCGAAAUGUUUACGCCAAGAAGUUCAAGAUGGACAACUUUGCUUGGGCUACCGCUUUCCCUCCCACCUGUCUCCUUAUCUGUAUCACAAUCGUCUACUCUGUGAUCCAGCCCAUCAUCACUGUCCUCGCUUUCGUCGCCAUGAUCCUCCUUUACCUCGCCAACAAGUUUAUUCUUCACUGGUGUGCCGACCAGGCCGACGCCUCCGAGACUGGUGGUUUGUUCUACGUCAGGGCUCUCAGGACCGUCUUUGUGUCUCUCUACAUUGAGGAGAUCUGCUUGAUGGGUCUCUUCUUCUUGUCUAGUGACGAGAACGGUGAUCGAUCGACUACUGGUCUUGCUUGCGGUGCUAUCAUGGCCGCUACCCUUGCCCUCACCGCCAUCUUCCAGGCCUACAUUGACCACUUCCGAUUCAAGAAGGACUUUGUCUACUACGUCCACACCACCGAGACCUCCUCCAAGUCCGAGUCCAUCGAGCCCAAGGUCGGCGCCGUCAAGGCUUCUCCCUCCGAGGAGUACGCCAACGCCGGCCCUGAGUUUGGCAACACCUCUGGCUUCCACGUCAACGCCUUUGACAACCCUGCUCUUUGGAAGAAGCAGCCCACUAUCUGGGUUGCCGAGGACCCUCUUGGUCUGGGUGCGCAACAGGUGCAGCAGAUCCAGUCCAAGGGUGUGGACUCCAGUUUGGACUUUGCCGUCAUGAAUGAGAAGGGUGUUAUCGAGGUCGACAGGAGUGCUCCUGAUGAGGCUUGGUACGGUGGUCACAGCAACUAA